AUUCGACCAACGCUUGUGCAAUUUCCCAGCAUUCCGUGUUUGGGGAAGCGCGCCGGCCGCCAUUUGUACGUCGCGCCCGGGGUUUGCCGGUGGAUUGUUUCUUGUGGUUGAUGUGUGGUGUUCUUGGAGUGUGUUAAGUAAUAUUUGUUGGAGAGGAGCUGCAUUUUUCCAAAAUGGUUGACAAAAUUGAUAUGAGUUUAGAUGAUAUUAUCAAGUCUAACAAGGCCGCCCGUGGUAGUGGUGGUGGUCGACGCGGAAGAGGAGCACAGAGGGGUUCAACAGUAUCACGUCGAGGAGGAGGAGGACGAGGUUCUUCUAGAGGUAGCGUUGGUCCUGUGAGAAGUCGAAGUCGGGGUUCUGGGAUUCGUAAUACUCCUUAUUCAAGGGGUGACAUUAACAGCAAGUGGCAACAUGAUAUGUUUGAUGGAGCUGGAACCAAGAAGAUUGGAAGACUUGGAUUUGGAAUUGGCGGAUCAAUUGCCACUGGUGGCCCUGGGAAGCUGCUAGUCUCCAACUUGGAUUUUGGAGUUUCAGAUUCUGAUAUUCAGGAGCUGUUUGCUGAAUUCGGGCCACUCAAGUCUGCAGCAGUCCAUUAUGAUCGAUCAGGACGUUCUCUUGGUUCUGCUGAUGUUAUUUUUGAGAGAAAAGCUGAUGCAAUUAAGGCCAUGAAACAAUAUAAUGGAGUGCCAUUAGAUGGUCGAGCAAUGAAUAUUCAGAUGGCAACAUCCGAGAUACCAGCUGUUGGUAGAGGUGGGAGAGUCGGUGGCUCUGGUGGGUUUGUGCAGGGACGAUCCCAAAACCGCAUUGGAGGAAGAGGAGGUGGAGGUGGAGGAAGAGGUGGACGACGUGGUGGCGGUAGAGGGGGGUCACGAGGACAACCCCGAUCCCUUCCCACUGCUGAAGAAUUGGAUGCAGAAUUAGAUGCAUAUGUCAAUAAAGUGAAGUAACAGCACAAGACAGUUCACUUUAAAACAUUGUUGAACCUGUGUUCUAUUGCAGACAGUGUAGAACGUCAUAUAACUCGUGUAAAUUUGAAUUGCCACAUCUUUCAUGAUACAUCUCUUGUCCCACUGAAAUUUGUCAGAAAAAGUGAUGUAUUGUGGUGGCAUUAUCAUAAAAGAGUUUUCUUCUUUUUAAUUUUUUACUAGUGAUGUGGUGAUUUGGCUCAAUAUUAAGCACUAGCUUUGUGCAGACAUCUUGGAAAUUUUCUAUGGAUAACUUUUUAGAAUGUUGAUGUGCCUAAUGGUUUUCAAGCACAUCCAAGUUCAAGAAAAUAAAAUAAAACAGUACAUGUGUACUUUCUAUUAUCAAAGGGGGCAUAUAGAAAUCAGGGAUAUUGUCAAGAUGCCUUCAUUAUGAAUCAACUUUAGAGUAUUAAACACAGUUCAAUGUAAAUUAUCAUUGUAUUUAAUAUGCCAGUUGUGUGUUGGAAGUCAUAUGAAAAGAUGUGUGCUAAAGAAAAGUGGAAUUUCAUGAAUGUUGGGUACAUUUUUACAAGUGUGAUGUGGUAUUUCUGUGUUUAAAAUGUAUAUUAUGUACACAAUAUGUGUACUACUUUUAGAAAUAUGAUGACAUUUUAAUUUAUGUUUAUUUCAAGAAAAUAUAAAGUUUGAAGUACAAAAUGUUUGAUAUUGAAAAUACAUGCUUUUAUAUGAUUUGCCUGCCUAAUGUAAGGUCCUUUCUACUUAAUGUAACAGGAAAAGAUAUGCUGAAAGAACAUAACUUGGAAGGAGAGCCAAAUUUUUCUUCUCCGAAUGGAGAUAUAUUGAAUAAUGGUGUUUAAAUUCCUUCAUGUUUUUGAUACUGAUUUAAGUACUGGAUGUGGAGGUUCAAUAAUUAAAACAAACUAGUCGUCUUCACUUAAAAAUAAAAAAUAGUUUUAGCAAGAAUGUGAUUGCUUUUGAAAGAGUUUGUUUCCAAUCAUAAGUAUAAGGAAUUUAUUGGUCAGUGUUUGUCUUUUGAGUGAACUGCGCAUACAAGAAGUUACAUUUCAAAUUUGUGAAUGAAGUUGUCUUUAUAUUAAACGUCAAAAUUGUUAUGUUUGCUACAGAAAUUCUUAGCAUUUCGAAAAGAAAUCUUGUACUUGGAAAAUAUUGGAAACUUUGAUUACUGUGAAGCUUUACUGCAAUUCAUCCUAGUUCUCCCUGAAGUGUUAGAAAAUGCCUUGAUAAUAUUCUAAAGUCGAUCUCCCCUUUACUGCAAUUUAGAGGAAAAUCUCAAGAUUACUGACUGGCUUGUGUGGAAAUCAAUGCAAGGUUGAGCAGUCAAAAUAUUCCUUCUUUUUACAUAAGUUGAAAUUAGCAAAUUUCAGGGAAAUAAAUAAUGGAAGAAUUGAUUUCACUAGUUGACUUUGUUGAUGUGAUGAGCCAUUGUUAAGUAUGUUAAAUUUUGUUAAAAUAUUGAUUUUAGUGUGAUUGUGAUCCCACUUUCUUAUAGAUUUCACGUAUGCUAAUUUUGCAUUCAGUAAUUCAAUUUAUUUAAAUACAUUUUAGCAGUAAAACUAAUCUUACAUAGUACUUGCUCUAUACUUGAAGUGUUGAAAGUUCAAAAAUUGAAAUCUUAUUAUCAUGUUUUCAAGGGAUUGUAAAUUUUGCAAGCAGGAAGUCUUGUCAAAAUGCUCAUUGUCAUUUUUACAUUUUCUCCUUGGGAACGUAGUAAUGGGGAUUACUAUAAAUAAUACUAAUUAGAUUCACAUAUAAUUAAAUAAACUUAAAUUUAUUGCAAAUAAUCAAAUAGAAACUUAAUUACAUGCAUACAGAAAAAGCAAACCAAACAGUGUGUGUGUUUUCAGUCUAACUCAAAGAAAUUGGUAAUGUUACAGAACAAUAAGACCCAAAAUGGUGGAUGCAGAGUAGGAAACUAUUCUCUGGCUCUGGGUAUGUAAUCAGACCAAAGGUCCAUGAAUACUAUCUUUCUCUCCGUUACACAGUGGUAGGCUCAAGUACACCAAAUUACCUUGCAAUCAAUACAUUCGUUUACUGUUGUACCAAAAAUUGCAUUAAUUGUAGAACGUGUUACAGGCAAAUUUUAAACAUUCUAAAUAGGGACUGUGAAAUGUAGAAAUGAGAAUUGAACAGAAUUGUGAUCUGAAUUAAAAAAAAAUACUGAUGUGUUAUAGAGGAAAACAUGGUAACAAGAUUUCUCUGUGUAUGAUCCGAAAGAAAGUGGAGUAGAAAUUCUGACUUGACGUUUUUUUGUUCCGUUUAGUUUUUCUAAACGCGACCCGAGUAAUUGAUUUGACAACUUGCAUGCUAUUUGAAUUUCAUUUGAAAAGCUGAAGGAAUACUAAGGACUCGUAAAAGUUAAAUUAGUAUAAUUAGUUGUAGAGUAAUUUUUCCAGUUGGCAAAUUACUGUACAACUAAGAAUUCUAAUUGUAAGAAAAAUGGUUGGUUUCUUAUUGGAUGUAAUAUAUAAUGCGAGUAAUUACUGUAUGUUUUGCUGGAUGACAAGCUAAGUAUUCUGCUUCUUUAAAUAAAUCUCCAUAUUGGCUGUGAUAGGACCUGCAACUUUGAUCUACUCAUAGUUGCUUAGUAAUAUUAUACCAGUAUCUAUUGUUGAUCACAUCUUUCAUCUUUAACAUUAAUAAUUUUUAAUCUUCCAAAAAAGCAGCAUUCUUGGAAAUGACUUAGUGUGUGAGAAUAGGAAGAAAUAUGUUUGUAUCAGAACGAGAGUUGGUUUCAAAUAUUAGGAAAUGUAUCUGAUGUAGAUUUCUUUUUUCUUACAAGUCAAGUUAGUGGAAUGAAACUGUGGCUCAUGUUUUCUUUAUCAUUUUAUGAUUUGAUGGAUUGUGUUUAUUGAGUGUAUCUAAUUUGGACAAACAUCUAGUUCCUGUCUUUAUUUUCUCAGAAAGAAAUAAAUAUUAGAUACUAAUGAAUUCUAGUUUUAUUUUUUUAUUUUUUAUACUAACAAGUCUAGUGAAGCAGGCACAAGUGCACUGGAAUGCAUCUAAAUUUGGUAUGAGUUUAUCUUGAACUGUUUCAAAAUAAUUUUUCUGAAAUGACUGUAAAUUUUAAGUUCAGAAUGAAAGUGUACAGAAGUAUUUGAAUUGGGUUGUAGUAUGAUUAUGUGACCUUGGUAUUUCAUUGGGAACAAAUAAAUAUGUUGUCUCAUUUUAUACUGAAAAAUAAUUGAGACCACAUCUGAACUAUGUAGAAAACCCUUCUGUGCAUGCUCCUAAAUUGUGAUUUACAGGUGUGCUCCCUCCA